UCAACACUUCUGAGCAGAGCUGAAGGAUGACGUGAAACUGUUUCUUUUGCCCAAAGAUGGGAGACCAGAUGCACACCAGAGAAACCUGUUGCAGGAACAUCUGAAGUGGAGCCUCCUGACAAAGAUGUACCUGCAGCCAAAAGGCGCAGUCGACUGUUUGCAGUAUAUGAUUAAAUCUUGAAGGAGAGCAUUGACAAGGAGCGACGGCUGGCUAGCCCUUCAGUGAGAACUGCGAGGUGGGACAGUGGAGACGGAAACUCUCUGAGAAACAUGGCAGCUACCAGCCCUCCCUCCUGCCACCCUUUUCUCCUCUUCUUCCUUUCCUUCCUGGUCAGCCGGCCAGCGCUCACCCAGGACACUUCCUUCUCCACGGCGACAGUAACCGAGGGGGACCCUGCUUUGACCCCCACCAAACUGUCAAACCAGACAGCGCCCAGCUUGGAGGACGUAACCCAGGGCACUCCUCCGGAGACGGGGCUCUCCACCCCCACCAGCGGUGGCGACGCCGACGACGAGGACGUCCCGCCGGUUGGAGGGACCCGUUGCCAGGGUUACUACGACGUAAUGGGCCAGUGGGACCCACCGUUUAACUGCAACGCUGGGGUCUUCCUAUACUGCUGCGGCACCUGCUUUUACCGCUUCUGCUGCCAGUUCCGUCAGCAGAGGCUGGACCAGACCAUCUGCUCCAACUACGACACACCCAUCUGGGCCAACACCGGGAAGCCUGUGGCCACCAUCACUGAAGGCCAGGGGGAUUCAGACCGCGACCGGACGCACCUCAUCGUUUACAUCAUUUGCGGCGUUGUCGCUGUCAUGGUGUUGGUGGGCAUCUUCACCAAACUGGCUCUGGAGAAGACCCGAGGAGGAAGUGGAGGAGGGGCGGGGAUUCCUCAGACUGACCCCAACUCCAGGUGA